CUCUCCUUACUUCACAGGACCAGUCGAAGCAGCCAACAUGACCCUGGAACAGCCAGCCGGUGAGAUGUGGCAGAAGAUCCGCGAGGAGCUAAAUGAGAAGGUGGACACCAGGGACCAGGACCUUGCACACAUCAAGGAGUGGUUGAAGAAGGAGCCCCAUCUACCUGAUGAAUUUGACGACCAGCGUAUCCUGACCUUCCUCCGCGGCUGCAAGUUCUCCCUGGAGAAGACCAAGCGCAAACUGGACAUGUACUUCACCAUGCGUACUGCGGUGCCUGAGUUUUUCACUGACCGUGACGCCACCAGGCCUGAGCUACAGGAGAUCUUGAAUAUUGUGUAAGUUGCAUUCAUCAUUGUAACGU